GCUCGUAUUUAUUGCAUCACACAAAUAAAGGUUCUACUUGUACAGUGUCUUUCGUUUUCGGUUCUUUAGGGGUAUGGAUCGUGGAGAACAAAGCUAAAAGCGAAGUUCAAAUGAAAGGCGGCGAUUGUAGCCACAUAAUGGCUGCAAAACGAAAUGCUGGAUUACCAAUUAUCCAACCGAAACCUAAUAUGGAAAAAUUGAGAGAAGCAUCAAAACUGGAAAAGAAUAUCAAAAAGUCGGGUACAAAAAAGCCAAACGUUUUGGAUAAAGAGAUGCCAACAAAUUCAACGACAAGAGUCGAGACAAAAUUAGUUAAAAAAGCAACAAAAGUUGCUCAAUGUCGAACACCAUUGGCGAAUAUACUCAAUAUCAGUGACGAUGAUUUUUGA